UGAUGUGAUUUGUGAUCAGUUUUAAUCACAUUAAUCUAAAUCUAAACGUUAUUGCAUCAUGGAAGCGAAAAAGGUUUUUAAUUUCGGAGCAGGACCGGCUAAACUUCCACAGUCUGUUUUGCUUCAAGCGCAGAAAGAGCUGCUGGAUUACAACGGACUCGGGAUCAGCGUCCUCGAAAUGAGCCACAGAACGGCCGAUUUCUCCCAGAUCUUGAACUCCACUGAAGCUCUUCUUCGUGAACUGCUGAAGAUACCAGAAAACUACAAGGUUUUAUUCCUUCAAGGUGGCGGAUCAGGCCAGUUCAGCGCCGUUCCUCUCAAUCUGAUCGGCCUGAAAGAGGGCAGGUGUGCAGAUUAUAUUGUGACUGGAGCUUGGUCUUCAAAGGCUGCUAAAGAGGCGGAGAAGUAUGGCAACGUAAACGUGGUUCAUCCCAAACUGGACAAAUACACCUGUAUCCCGGACAGGAGCAGCUGGACACUCGAUCCUUCAGCAUCCUACGUCUAUUACUGCUGCAACGAAACCGUACACGGUGUCGAAUUCAACUUCAUUCCCGACACCAAAGAUGUGAUUCUGGUCAGCGAUAUGUCUUCAAACUUCCUGUCCCGAGAAGUGGACGUAUCAAAGUUCGGGCUGAUAUAUGCAGGUGCCCAAAAGAACGUCGGAUGUGCGGGAGUCACCGUUGUGAUCGUGAGGCAGGACCUGCUGGGAAAAGCUUUAAAAGAGUGUCCUAUUGUGUUUGAUUACCAAGUGCAGGCUGCAAAUAAUUCCCUCUACAACACACCACCCUGCUACAGCAUCUAUAUCAUGAAACUGGUUCUGGAAUGGAUUAAGAGCAGUGGAGGCACAGAGGCCAUGGAAAAACUGAGCAAGCAGAAGUCUUCUUUGAUUUACGACCUCAUCGACAGCUCCAAUGGCUUCUACUCAUGUCCCCUUGACGUAGAGUGCCGCAGUCGCGUGAACGUUCCAUUUCACAUUGGCAGUGAGGACUGCAACGAGGCCCUGGAAAAGCUGUUUCUGGACGGCGCUUCCAAACGUGGAAUGAUUUCGUUAAAAGGACACAGGUCUGUUGGUGGAAUACGAGCUUCUCUGUAUAACGCAGUAACUCUGGAGGAAACUCGAGCUCUCGCUGCUUAUAUGAACGAGUUUCUAAAAGACCAUCAGCCACAAUAAUCCGGAACAGAGCUCUACAAUCAUGUUACAGCUGCCUGUCUUAGCAGCUGUACCAAACCCACACGUUGUGUAUUAAACACUAGCAGAAACGUAACAACCAAUCCUCACCGUUUUAGCAGUGGGAUUAUCUGACAUUCCCACUAAUUACUAAUAAUUACUUGAGCUUAGGUAGACUUGUUUCUGCCGUUACUGUAGUAGACAUGACUGCUGCACUAUUGUGAGCAGAACUUUAGUAUUGGUUAAUACUGAAAUUCUAGCAAUGACUACUUGAUGAAUGUGUUUUUGAUUAGAGUACGCCUUUACAUGUCUGUAUUAACGUUUAUCUGUGUGUUUUGUUGUAGAUAAUUUAUUCAGUUUCAUUACAUGCCAGCAAAAUGAAAAUAAUUCCUAGUUUGAUAUUUCAUAGUAAAAUUAAAACUAUAAAACUAA